AUGCGUAGCUGGUUUUUAUUUGGAUUAUAUGCGCUGCUAAUCGCCGCAACAGUUGGCCAACCGCUGCAGCAAAAUGAGUCCGGAAAAACCGAGGAGGAUAGCAAAAGAGGCGAGCGAGUGAGUCGCCAAAUUCCCUAUUUGAGUGGCUACGGAGGCUAUGGAAGUGGCUACGGAGGAUAUGGUGGAGGCUAUGGAGGAUAUGGAGGAUACGGAGGCAUUGGAGGACUCGGAGGAUAUGGGGGAUACGGGGGCUAUGGAAGCUACGCCGGCAUACGCUCCUCACUUUAUCCCUACGGCAAUCUGUAUGGUGCCAGCGGCUUGGGACUGGCGGGCGGAUAUUAUGGUCGUCCUUAUGGUUAUGGCGGUGGCUAUAAUAUUGGAUAUCCGGCCAUUGGCGGCUUCGGUGCCACCGGCGGCGGCAUCUUUGGUGUUAGUCCAUUCUAA